UGCAGAGUUCAAGUGCCAAGCCCUCAGGAGGGGACUGUCCCUUUAAAUGGGCUUGAGGUCGCCGCGGAGCUGUUUUACGACGCUGGUUUGCGGCAGGAGGUCGGACGCCGAGCGGGGUUUUGCGGCAGGAGGUCGGCGGACAGCUGCGGAGCGAUGAGUUUGUUCGGGAUUUUUCGGGGCCUCUUCGGCUUCCCGGAGCGCGGAGGGGAUCCGUUCUAUCGUGGGACCGUCCUGGAUGAGGAGGGGGACGAUGACGAGGACUUCGAUGGACACCGGGCCGACCCCUUCGGAUUUGGCUUUGGGCCCAGCGGGCAGCCGUUUGGCGAAGGCUUUUCUGGACUCUUCCGCGAGAUGGACGAGCUCUUCAAAGGAAUCGGGAGCUGGGAUGUGCCCAUGGGACAAUUUGAGUUUCCUGAUAUCGACACCCACCCCCUGCCUGGAGGGUCCGAGGAGGGGGUGAGGAGGCGGGCGCCUCGCGAUUGGAUGCUGAAGCAACCUGACAGCGAGCCGCCCGGCUUCAGCGGGGAGGCAGGAGGUGAGCCCCGGCCGGGGGACAGACCCACCGCUCCCUACCGGCCCCCCUGGAAUCCCUCGCGAAACUUUGAAGACCUCUGGGACAGUCUGCGGAAGGGUGAAGCCAGGAAGCAGGAUCAGGACCUGGACUCCAAGGUGACCUCCGAAGGCUUGGAAAGUGCCCUCAAGCCAGCUGAGCCCCAGAGUAAAUCCUACUUCAAGAGCAUUUCGAUUUCCAAAAUCGUCCGUCCUGACGGGACGGUGGAGGAACGGCGCACAGAACGGGAUGGAGAGGGCAACGAGGAGACCAAGAUAACCCGAGUCCAGGGGGAACAGUCGUACACCACGGUGACCCGGAGGGACGCCCAGGGCAGGGAGGAGCAGACCGAGCAGGUGGUCGGCAUGGAUGACCGAGACCUGCAGAGGUUUGCGGAGAACUGGGAUCAGCGGGCGGGGCACGGUGUACCCGGGGAGCCGCCGUCAGCCCAGGACCCUCUGCCUUUCCUCGACCGGCUGCUGAAGGGCCUCUUCUGGAGCCGGUGAGCGUCCAGCCACGUCUGUCGCGGGUGAGGUAGGAGGUGAAUGCCGCUCAUGACGAGGAACUGCCACAUCUCGGAAGAGCCUGUCGGUGUCCGCCAAACCGUGCGGUCUACGCAGUCCGCGCCCUCUUCCUCUCCGCGUAAUGUGUGCUCUGUGACUUGUGGCACAGUUUCUUGGACUCAGGAGCCAUCUUCCUGUCUUGGCACCUCUCCUGCAUCGCUGACUUACUCCCUAAGUCUGUGUUUCCACCAGACCCUUCCCCCCCGCCCCCCCCCCCCCCCCCACCGCGGUCUCCAAAUCCCUGUGGUUUCCACAGAGGUUGCCGGGACAAUGUCGACCAGCUUUGCGAUUGGCCUGUAAACAACUGCAAUAAAACUAGGUAUUUAUUCA